AUGACCGCAAACCUGCUCUUGACGCAGCCAUUUCACCGCGUGACUGUCAUGUUGAGGCGGCUACUGGGGCCAUUCGGAUAUAUCGACGCUCGGUACGUCCCUUGCCCAGACUCGCUCAAGGUUGUUAUGGCCCGUAUGACGGAAGCAAUCGUGGAGCGGCUGGCCGACAACGACGAGCAUCCCGUGUUCAUGUCGUCUUGGCAAACGCGCCAGUCGCCUUGGAUUGGCCUGAGUCGCAUCUCGGGUAACUUGCUGUGUCCGACGGCCAGGCGAUCGCAGGCACGAUCUCCAUCGUCUCGCUGUGGGGAAAUCGCGGUUGCGGCAGCCUCGCCCACACGAUCAACCCCACGCGGCUGUCCAACCGGCUGUCCAACCUCGUUACGGCCAUCAUUUCUUCAAACAGCACGAACGCAUCAGCUAUGUGUGAAAACGAGUACAAGACGCCGGCCGUGUGCCUGUCCGUCCUGUAGGCGUCGCGGACGUUCGCGGCCUCGUUCCUGCCCGCGGACGUUAUCGCCGCCGAAUGGGUCAUGGCUGGGCGUACUGCGGCUGCCGCCGACAUGGGUAACGUCUGGCUCCUUCAGUCCCAGUGUUCGACGGGGGACGUGCUCACGCGCCUGCUGUUCUUUGACAACUCGUUUUCGUUCUUUUUGUGGGGGUUCGCCUACGACUGGAGACUUGUCGGCGGGAGGUGGUGUCGUUUGA